UCCAGUGCAAAUUUGAACAUAUGGGGGUCUUCCGUGCAUCAAACGUUACCCUGUGGCCUCAGUGGGCCAUUGGUAAAGUGAGAUGGCCGAGGGCAGGCUGAGCUUGUCAUAGCAGCAGUGAGUUGGCAUUAUGGGAGUGUCCUUCAAGUACCCUUACCUUGCCAGGUGACAGUUCUGGUCCCUUCAGCCUGUGGUGGGUCAGACUACAACCCCUCCCCCACCCCUAGCCAUCAAGGAACCCUGAGUGUCUGUGAGGUCACUGAGUUCCAUGGCCCAAAGGCUUGUGGGCAGGGGUGCUGGCCCAUCUCCAACCCAAGGACUCAAGAGCUCCUGAGAAGGACACAUUGAACCAGAAACACUCCAGGACGAGGGGCAGGAGGUGUUCCAGGAGGUCACACUCGGCUAUCCAGGAGGUCGAGGAAGCUCCCGGCCUGGCUCGGGUGCUAUUCCCGCCGCCAGGCCACCAUGGUCUUUGGCUGGCUGCUGCUUCUGGUGUUGGUUCUUUGCCCAGGUGGGACAGGCAUCAAGGACUGCGUCUUCUGUGAGCUGACUGAUUCCGCUCGGUGCCCGGGCACACACAUGCGCUGUGGGGAUGAUGAAGAUUGCUUCAUCGGCCACGGAGUAGCCCAGGGCGUGGGGCCCAUCAUCAACAAAGGUUGCGUGCACUCCACCAACUGCGGUCGUGAGGAGCCCAUCAGCUACAUGGGCCUGACAUACAGCCUCACCACCACCUGCUGUUCUGGCCACCUUUGCAAUGGGGGUGCUGGCCUUGCCACGGGGGCUACCAGCCUGUCACUGGGCCUGCAGCUGCUCCGGGGCCUAUUGCUGCUGCUUCAAUACUGGCCGUAAUCCACAGGAACUGCAGGGCCUGGGGCUGUGCCCCGUGGCCCUAUCUCCAUCCCUUUUCCCCAUUAAACGACCAGAGGUG